ACCGCGGAAGCCUGGGCCCUAGGAGCGUGCUAGGUAUUGCUGGAGUGAAUGGAGCCAGAAGGAGCUCUAGAAUUAGAGGGUUCAGAAAAGUCAGUAUUUUCCUCCCAGCAAGACUAUGAAGAAUUCCAAGAAGCAGAUGAAACAGGCUCAGAGAACCCCCUCUUGCAGCCAGCUCUCACGGGGGAUGUAGAAGGUUUGCAGAAGAUUUUCGAGGAUCCGGAUCACCCUCACCAUGAGCAUGCUGUGCAACUGCUUCUGGAAGAAGACAUUGUUGGGAGAAACCUGCUGUAUGCAGCUUGCAUGGCUGGGAAAAGUGAUGUAAUUAGAGCCUUGGCAAAGUAUGGGGUGAAUCUGAACGAAAAAACUGCCAGAGGGUACACUCUCUUACACUGCGCUGCAGCCUGGGGCCGCCUGGAAACUUUGAAGGCCCUGGUGGAACUGGACGUCGAUAUAGACGCUUUGAACUUCCGGGGAGAGAAAGCUCGAGACGUGGCUGCUCGCUAUUCUCAGACUGAGUGUGUUCAUUUUCUGGACUGGGCAGAUGCAAGGCUGGUUCUGAAAAAGUUUAUCACAAAGUCCUCUCUCAUCAUUACUGACCCAGAAAAGGGACCAGGGAAACUCCUCAAGGAAGACAAGAACACUAUCAUCAAUGCGUGCCGUAUGAAGAAUGAGUGGUUGGAAACCCAUCCAGAAGCUUCUAUCAGUGAGCUUUUUGAGCAGAAACAGCAACUAGAGGAGAUUAUGACUCCCAUCCUCACAAAAAUGUCUACACCACGGCAAGUGAAAAGUGCCAAAUCGAUAACCUAAGCCGUGAUCAGCAAAGAAGUCAAGAUUGCGCCUUCUACAGACCCCACACAGACUUGUUAUUUCCCAGUGUUAGAUAAGACAAAACCGUUCCUGCCAGCUGAAUUCAAGAAAUAGACUCAGGUCUUGCAGAAAUGCUGGGGUACAAAUUCAGUCACCCCGACCUUGUGUCAGGCUGUUCAGAACACUCACACCUGGCUCAGGGGCUGGGCCUCUGUUCCCCUAAAUACAUUUCCUCACUAGUCCUCCAAGCAUGGCUCCUCAUGAGUUCCCGCAUUCCUUCAGAAGAGCUGAGCAAGGAUUUAAAAGCUACACGGAGAAGCUAAUAAUUUUCUGUGUAACUGAGGCAAGAAAUUUCUACUAGGCUAGGGAAAUCCAUUUUUUAAAAGAUGCACUAGGCCAUUUCUAAAGGAAGAACAUUUGUUCUUUCUCUCUCAAACAGUAAAUACUAGGAACUGUUUGGGGUAGGGUAGGGUUCUCUAGUGUUGGCUGUUACUUUUUAUGUCUGAAUUAAAAUUCACCUGGAAGGUGAAGACAGUUUCUGAGAGAAGCCCACUGUUACCUUUAAUAUCCCCAAUGAACACAAAUCUGCCUAGCUUCCCCUCUCCAGGAGGUUUGGUAAUACAGAUAUUGUUAUUGGCUCCAUGCCACUUCCUGCCAUUCUCUUUCAUAUUGCCCAGGUUUUAAAGGUCAUGGUUACCCAAAAGUUCUUUGGAAAGCCUUUUUCUAGUCAAGUUAAGCAUGACCCUGAACUUCCUAUUCCUUUGUGACUCUCUGGGAAAGUUUUUUUAUAGAAAAUAAAAUGUUAAAAAAAAAAAGGAGAGCGAGAAUAUUCCCCGUUCUUACCACUUCCUCCUCUUUGCCUUGCUAUGCAAACUAUUUUCCUUCAGAGGAGAAAGAAAACAAGGAAGUCUUUCACUAACACUUGCCAGGCCAUGUUCUCUUGGUCAUGGCAUUGAGAUAAUCCUGAUUUAAAUAUGUCCCCAAGUCUCACUUUUGAGAUCUUUUCACUCCACGAGCGAUUUCCAUUCAGCUCCCCUCAGCAGAAGUGCUGAUGUUAGCCCAUCCGUGAGACACCCCAAGUCUUCGCUGCUGGCAGCAGCAGGAGGACCUGUGUUUGACCUUUCAAUGCAUGUAUUCGGGGACACUCUGCACAGCACUGGCGUCGUUGGGAAGAGGCCAGGUGCCCUUUGUUGCUGUUAUUUUCAUUCUAAGCCACCUUUCCUGAGCCUGGAUCAUGAAGGCAGCAGUGCUUUUCCAGGCCUGUGCUCCUGGUGAGUAGGAAGGGAGACCCGUAAGCCACCCUACUCCCAGGUAAGAAAGGAGCAUUUUUAUCAUCUACUAGAAUAACCUCUCUCUCCCUCUUUUGUCUUGCAGUCUUUGUCCUCAAACAUUUUAUAGCCUUUGAUACACUUGCUAACACUGUAUUUGUACAAUUCCUUGCAUUGGCACCUUUAUACCAGCACCCCAACUUUCUUAUAAUCUACUUUUCUAACUCCUCUCUAGCGUCUCUUCUUCUAGGUCCUCGCUGUCAGAAACUCUCAGAAUUGAAUUCUGAUUCUUGGUGGGACAAUUGUUUUUCUUCACCCCAUGACUGUCCCACGCUCUUGUAUUUUAGAGAUCUAACCUUUCCUUCCUUCUUUGGGGAGCACUUCUGUUGCCAGAGCCUCAUUUUGUGCUCAGUGUAAUUAUUAACAUGCUUGUCUCGCCAUGUGAAUGAGCAAUGAUCUUUUUGAAAGACUGGUUGUUUUUUGUUUGUUUGUUUUUUUAUUUUGCUCUUUGUCAUACCUAAAGAGCUCGUAAAAUAGUAAGUCAUUAACUAAAAGUUGAAUUGAUUCACCUUAAUCCCCGUACCUAACAUUACCUAGUACUCCUAGAACUCAUUACGUCUCCAUUCAUUUAUAGAGCCUGAUUGCAUUAUAGAAAUAAUAGCAACCUUAUCUUAUGCUAUGUCGGUGCACUAUUGCGACACCACUCCCCCAGCGGACAAGCCGUACCCACAUCAAACACUGCGGGUCCGUGUCCGCCUUCCCUCAGCUUUGUAUUUCUUGAACUGUCGUCUCGAUUGUCAUGGCCUAGUGAUUUCCAAGAGGUUCUUGAAUCUUAUUUUAGAGAUUCCUUUGAUGUGGGGCUCUGAACACUUGUUUAUAUCUGUGGAUCUAUAACUUCUGUUUUGCGAGAGACGAUAUCAAUUAUUACCUAUUGUUGCACUGACUUAUAGCUAGAUUAAUAGAUUUCAAUGCACUUAUGCUGUGAGUUUGAUGUUAUUUCAUUAGCUGCAUGGUGUCUUCUGAACUUGCAUAGGGUAGUUAUGUUUUCAAAAGCUCAUGUUAACAAUUCAGGAAUGCCUCCACAGUAUUCGAAAGGCUAAUUCAGUGUUAUAAUCAGUUCUAGAUGAUAGUUCUUUAGGUUGAUGUUUUGUUGAUCAUAAAAAAUGUAAAAAUAUAAAGGUAGGAUAUUAAUAUAACAUUAUUAAAAUAGCAAGUUCUGUCCCUUAUCAAAAGAUGUAACAAAAUAUGUUUUAACAGCAAAAAAAAAAAAAAAUAGGAGAAAGAAAAUAAGGAAGCCAUUUAGUAACACUCGCCAGGCCAUGUUCUCUUGGUCACGGCAUUGAGACAAUCUUAGUGUAAAUGUGUCCCUAAAUCUCACUUUUGAGAUCUUUUCACUCUGUGAGCAUUUCCCAUUCAGCAGAAGCACUGAUGCUAAUCUAUCUGUGAGACCCCUGAGCGUUCGCUGCUGGCAGAAGGAGAUCUGUUUUGGGCCCUUUUAAUGUAUGUUUUCCAGGACACUCUGUGCACACCAGCACUGGCGUCAUCGGGAAGAGGCCAGGUGCCCUUCUUUGUUGCUGUUAUUUUCAUUCUAAGCCACACUUAGGCUUAGAUGAUGCGUAGGACUUUAUGUGAGAUUUACUUUUCUCAUUUUACCAUAGAUGAUAAAACUUUAUCAUACACCAGUACGGUUGUAGUAUCUAAUCUUUGACAACUACUGUACUCGACCAAUGGAGUCCGACUGAUGUUUAUUUUAGCAGAAAACCCCAUGUUGUAAAAGGCUGACAGUUAGCCGGUAUUUGUCUAAUAUGCAGCGGAUUACACUGUCCAAGAUCGCCUAGUCUCCCAUUUCACAUACUCCUCUCGCUGUGUGGUCCUGGCAUUCCUAGUGUAGAAAUAGGAAUCUCUGAGCUGUCUUGAAUCUGGGGAGCCCAUGACUACAGUUGAAAGUGAUUCUGUGUCUUUUUCCAACGCUACGUUAUAAGAGGUGAUGUGGCUUCUGCCUCAAUCUCUUAAAAUACCGGUAACCUUAGAAACCGGCCUGUGAGGAGACCAACAAGGAAAGGUCUCUCAAAGGUUUCUCAAGCUUGCAGCUCUGACUCCUCUCCACCCUUCUAACUGCUGCUGCCAGCCUGCCUGACUAGGAGUGAAGUCAUCUUGAAAGUGGAUUCUCCAAUCAAGCCACUAUUGGAUGCUGUAUGGAGUGGAGGCAACCUUCUCUGCUGACUCCUCCCAGAA